GGUACUGCACAGAGGAACUAGUGAGUACCAAGACAUAGCUCUUCUGGACACAAAGCACUUUGGCAAGGCUUUGGUUAUUGAUGGGAAGAUGCAAAGUGCUGAAAUUGAUGAAUUUAUAUAUCACGAGUGUUUGAUUCAUCCACCGCUCUUAUGUCACCCCAAUCCCAAAACGGUGUUUAUAAUGGGCGGUGGCGAAGGCUCGGCCGCAAGGGAGGCACUGAGGCACAAAUCAGUAGAGAAAGUGGUCAUGUGUGAUAUUGAUCAGGAGGUCGUCGAUUUUUGCAAAAAGCAUCUCACAGCAAAUUACGAGGCUUUCAGGAACCUGAAGCUUGAUUUAGUGAUUAAUGAUGCCAAAGCUGAAUUGGAGGAGAGGAAAGAAAAAUUUGACAUAAUUGUGGGAGAUUUAGCUGACCCAGUUGAAGGUGGGCCUUGCUAUCAGCUCUACACUAAAUCUUUCUACCAAAAUAUUCUUAAGCCCAAGCUCAAUAACAAUGGCAUCUUUGUUACUCAGGCUGGACCAGCUGGGAUUUUUACUCAUAAGGAGGUCUUCUCAUCAAUAUAUAACACCAUAAAACAAGUCUUCAAAUACGUACGUGCUUAUACGGCUCAUGUCCCAUCAUUUGCUGACACGUGGGGUUGGGUUAUUGCCUCUGAUCAACCACUCUGCAUAGACGCUGUGAAAUUGGACAAGAAGAUUGCUGAAAGAAUUGAUGGAGAACUCUUGUACUUGAAUGGCUCUUCAUUUGUGUCCUCAACAAUUUUAAACAAAACGGUCGCGAAAACGCUGAAAAACGAGACUCACGUGUACGCUGAGGAUAACGCGAGGUUUAUUCACGGACAAGGCCUCGCGUAUCGGAGUUAA